AUGGAAGUCAUCCCCAAAUCAGCAAGGACGCCGGCGGACCUCCACCACAUGACUAAGAAAUGGAAGCACCUUACCACUCAACGCAGCCCUGAACGCACCAAAGUCUGGAUUGAACCACCGCCGCACCACCACAGACACCGGAAGGUACCUGUAGUUUACUACCUCUCCCGUAAUGGCCACCUCGAACAUCCUCAUUUCCUUGAGGUUCCUCCCUCCUCCGCCGAUGGCCUUUAUCUGCGAGAUGUAAUCGAUCGUCUGAAUUCUCUUCGUGGAAAAGGAAUGGCGGCAAUGUAUUCAUGGUCGUCUAAAAGGAGCUAUAAAAAUGGAUUCGUAUGGCACGAUUUAGCCGAGAAUGAUUUCAUUUACCCAGCCCAUGGCCAAGAGUACAUUCUGAAAGGAUCGGAGCUCUUCGAUUCUCAAGGUGCAUCGUUCAGUUCCAAAUCCGAUGAAGCUCCGUCAUCUAUGUCGAAAAAAUCCCCGUCUUCCGACACUCUAAAAUCCAUCGACGAGUUUGAUUUCCCGGUCAGCAGGAGUAGGAAGAACCAGCCAUGGACCGCAAUCGAUCUGCAUGAGUACAAAGUCUACACCGGGGAGUCCUCCGCCGUUCGAGUCGCAGCCAACGCCUCCACCCAAACCGACGAAAACCGCCGUCGCCGGAGGGCAAUGAUGAGCGAAGUCGAAGACAAACGAAACGAACCGUAUGAGGACACCGAGAGUUCCGAGCUUAGCAGAAACGAGAUUUCACCACCGCCGUCCGAUUCAAGCCCCGAAACCCUAGAGUCGUUGAUGAAAUCCGAUGAUAAGCUAAUCGUAAGGCCAGAAACAAACGGUGAAAUCAAUCCAACGGCGGGAAACAAAAUGAGAGCAUCGUCGGUGCUGAUGCAGCUGAUCUCAUGCGGUUCGGUAUCGUUUCGGGACUGUGGACCGGGAGCCUACAGUAAACAUGAUAACCCGGAAUUCUCGCUCGGUUCAGCUUACGAGUCUAGGAUGGUGACACGUGGCGAGGGUGGGAAUAAUUCAGUGGAGCAGGGUGCGGGGGAAAACAGGGUUGGUAAAAAAGAAGAUAAAGAAUAUUUCAGCGGGAGCUUGAUAGAGACAAAAAAGGACGAAUUUCCAGCUCUAAAGCGAUCAAAUUCCUUCGAUGCAAACGGGUAAACACUAUUUCUAAAUAUAAAUUACCAUUUUUAU